AUGAAGGCGAUGGGAACUCGACAGCUGUGCAGACGCAAGCCGCGUCUGCCACAUGGCGCUUCAACUCUCCAUGCUGACCAAGCCCACUGGCGUGGCCUGUCACGCACCACGACGGGUGCCGGUACUAGUGCAGAAGCCGCUCGCCCAGCCACGUCCCUCACCUCCUCGCUCGUUUCUGUGUCACCCUCCUCCACCCUCGCUUGCCCUCGCCGCUUCUUCUGGAAUUCCUUCGCGUCCGCCACUACAGGUGCCACCUCCGCGAUGCAUGGCUCCGUUGCGGAGCGAAAUGCUGAGCAGCUUGCAAAGAGAGUGGAGAAGGUACACCAUGACGCCGGCCUUGAAAAUGAGCGGCUUCUUGGGGCGUGUCUGGACCUGCUCGGGAUGUGCAGCGGCAACGCGGCCGGAUCACUGCCGUCCAACGCGCUCGAUGAGGUUGCACGUGAUCGCAUCGGGGUGCUUGUUGACGUCCUCCUGCACGACCACCACCGCACCCCAGCAGAGCAGUUCGACCUUGUCUACACCGCUCUGUGCCUGCCAGCCGCGCAGCAUCACCGGCAGGUGCAGCGGAGCCUGCUGGUGGUCCUCCGCUCCGUCGUCCCGGAGACGCUCUACCGCGUGUUCGAGAGCGUGGAUCUCUUUCUGCUGCAGGAUGACGAGCAGUCGCUGCGCCAGCGUGAUGUGCUUAUGAAAUUCGUGCACGCGCUGCUUGGAGAACUCCAUGUACCGGAUGGUUUGGUGGAGGAGGAGGUUCUCUCCGUGUAUGUGGAGAACAUGAAGGCGGUGUUUCCGGUGCUCGCCACCUGUCCUGCAUGGCAGGUGGUGGAGCGCGAUGCCGUGACAAUCGCUUUGAAGGCUAAG